UCUAUAACUAGCUUCGCAACGAUGGCGAUAGGGCUGAAGGAGGAAAACGUAGUAACAAGCCAAAUUCCGGCCUAUUCUGCGCCGGAGGAUGGCAAUGAAUCGUCUUCUCAGAGGGAUCCAAAUCCUCGAUGGAAUCCAAGUCAUGUAGGAGCCAAAGAGGAAUUAGCAAACUUGUACACUGCUGGAAAGCGAAGGCAAGAGAUCGUAUGCGUUGUACUCUGCAUGACGUUGACUCUGAUGGUUGCAUGUCAGCUUGUGUAUCAUCUCAGACUUGAUAACUGGAUGGUUCCUUUCAUUGCAGCAGUUGGAGGCAUUCUGACAGCAGAUUUCUUCUCUGGAUUAGUUCAUUGGGCAGCUGACUCAUGGGGUUCAAUUGAAAUACCUGUUGUUGGGCAGGCUUUCAUCAGACCAUUCAGGGAGCACCACAUUGACCCUACUGCCAUCACCCGGCACGACGUCAUCGAGACCAACGGCGACAACUGCAUGAUGUCUCUGAUCGGCCUCAUCCCGCAGACCUUCAUCCUCUUCAGCAGUUCCACGGAGACCAUCCAGCAACACUACGCCUGGCACUGCUUCUUCCUCCUGCUCGCCAUCUUUGUCACGCUGACCAACCAGUUCCACAAGUGGUCCCACACCUACUUUGGGCUUCCCGCCUGGGUCCAGUUCCUCCAGCGCUACCACCUGAUCCUGCCCUGCCGGCACCACAGGGUGCACCACGUGGCCCCCCAUGAGAUGUACUUCUGCAUUACCACCGGCUGGCUCAACUACCCCAUGGAAGCAGUGGGCUUCUGGACGGGUCUGGAAUCCAUCAUCACUCACCUGACUGGCUACUCGCCCAGGACGGAUGAUUUAAACUGGGCCAAAAAGACCAAGUGAUGAUUGAAAUUGACUUUUUUCUUCUUUUUUUUUUUCUUUCGUCAAGAGACUUUGGAUAAUGUGCUUUUAUCAGGGAAAUGUAUGAAUGGCAUAUAGAGUACCGGUAGGCCUCAUAUAGAGGGUCAUACCAUGCAUCGUAUAUGUCCCAUGAAUGAUUUUAACUGUAUUUUAUGUAGCAAAGAAACAAACCUGAUGUUGGUCUAUAGUGAGAAGUGCUUAAACCUCAAUUAUUUUUAUUUCUGUUUAACCAUCUGUGCAUACUGGGUUGUAAACAUUUUACCAAAAAUGUACCAAUGAAAAUCAUAUCACGUGGGACUGAAACCACUGUGGCAGACAUAAUUUGAUGAAAAAAUAACAAAUGUUUGCAUUUUGUAUCAAUGACAUGUUCAGGUUUAUGUUAAUAACAUUUAAACAAUAUUUGAACCAGAUGGGGUCGUUUAAGAGGAGAUUUGUAUAUUUAAAAGUGAGUUCUUACCUUCAAUGUCUUGGUUUUUUGCAAUGUUUUCGAGCUUGUCCGGCAAUCAGCAGUCACAGUGGCAUGGCGCUAUAAGCAUUGAUGAGACUGUGACUGCUGGAUGACUUACAUGUAGAAAACAUCAUAAAAAUGAUGAUUUUGAAGGGAGAGAAUUAACUUUUCAAAAAUACAAAUUUACAAUCGACUAUUCCGUUCUAGUUCUAAAAAUUGUUGUCAGGUGACUAACAAAACGUGACUAAUUGACUAAUCAAUACAGAAUGUGAACUAAAUAUCAGUUUUAAUUGAAUAAUUGCCUGCCGCUAAUGCUUUCAGUGCCACAUGAAAGGUUCUUUGUUUUGGUCAGUUACUCAUGACUGGAAAUGAAAAUAGUAUUUAUUUGUCACGUUCUGCCAACAAUCCAAGAUUUGAUACAGCACCACUAAUAUAUGUUCACAGUAAUAGGUUUGUAUACACUAUCAAAUACUCAUUGAUGUGUGCAUGUAUCUUCAUAUGUUGAAAGCCUUAUGUAAAUAUUUUGUUAAGUUUCAACCUCUGCUGUGUGAAGUGUUUGAAAGUUAAUUUAUUUAUGAUGAAUUGAUGAUCUGUAUUACUAUUUUCUAGUGUAUACAUAUUUGUGUUUUCAAAAGGAUAUGUACAUUUUGUAUUGAGCGCUUGAAGAGAAGUCAAAUGAUAAAUGGAUGUGUCAUGUUCAAACAAUUAAAAUCAUGGUGAUUCUAAUCACAAAUUGUGAAUUUAAAUUCAAAUCAUGAUUUCUAUUUUUAGAGCUACCUUUGUCAUGAAAAGAAAUUAGUUGUGUACUGGUUACAAAGAAGUGCGGUAGUCAAGACCAGGGGCCCCCGAGACCAAGAUAAGGACAGAAUCUUGAAAUGACGUUCAUAUUACGCCUCGGCCCCCAUCAUUGCUUGUAAGCUUACGCAGCAAUCUUUUUUACUUGUACAAAUAUGAUAAAAGCUUAACGUGUACAUUAGUAGGUACACUGUUUGUAGGAGCAAUAGAUUUAUUACAAAUAUAUUAAGUGACUUGCUUAGAGUAUAUUCAUUUCUAAUUUAUAUUUCACCUUUACAUGUACCUUCAGACUCGUUAUGUUUGCUUGUUGAUAAAAAAAAGACUGAGUGAAGACUGGCAGUUGAAACUUUAGAAAUUCACCUUGUGUACAUGUAGCUGGAUAACCUUUGACUAAGAAGAAUUUGUUGACCUGUUUUGUCCAGAAGCUUUGAUAUUGCUUUGCUUUUUGUGACUCUAACUUAAAAAUAGUUUGUCAUUCAUAAUGGUUUUGUUCCUUAAGGUUUAUAACAUUGUAAGAUUACAAGUCCAAAGUUGUAUUUGCUCUGUACAAAUUUUAUUUGUGUAUUGUUUCAUGUUAUCUUUGUUACGCUGUAGGUGAGAGACGUUUUACUUCCAUUAACAAAUUACAUGUAUGACAGGGACUUAUGAUAUGUAAUUUAAGGAUUUCAAUAUCAAUUAUUCCUCACCCUACCCCCCCCCCCCCCCCCCUCUCUCUCCAUUUCCCUACAUCCCUCAUUCUCUUUCCUUCUCUCCCCUGCUCUGCUCAUCAUUUAUGCAAAUGUUGUCACUCUUAUUUUCUCUGUCUUAUGAAUGAAUUUACCUUAUUGAUUUUAUUUUCACUUGAAUUGGUGCAAUUCUUAUAAUAUAAUUGUACAAUAAUGUAUGUAAUAAUGCAAUGCAAUGAACUCCUUUCAAAGCCUUAUGUCAGUAAUGCGUAAAAUUAUGCAUGUUUCUCUCUCUCUCUCUCCCUCCCUCCUCUCUCUCUCUCUCUCUCUCUCCCACUCUUCCCCCUCUGGGAUAUUGGGUUACCAGUAUCCAUGUCAGAGAUUAAUAUAUCUAAAGAAAGGGGGCCAUAUUAAUGGUAAUGAAGUAAUCGGAAAGGAUGUAAGACAAAACAAAAUGAUAUUGUGUAAAUAUUCUUUAUUUUCAGUUGAAUGCAAAUGUCACUGAUAAAUUAGUUGGUGUACAUGUACAAACAUAGACGCAAUUCUGUGCGUUACACACCGUUGUCCAUAUCCCGCCGCAUCAAGAAUCGUUUCUGUAGGGGGUUUAUGAAUGGUGCAGCACUUACAUAUAUUGAAAUAAAAUGGAACCACAAUGUUGGCAUUCCAUUGAAUUAACAGAGAAAAGGCAAAUCAAUUGGGAUAUGCUGCACAGUAUCAAUAGCCAAAUCAUCCAGAAAACCCUAGUUUAUGAUGAGAAAAAACAAAAUCUGAGUUUUAUAUUUGAUAAAUUUUCUGUACAUAAUAGGGUAUUGGGUCAAAUUUAACUUAUACACGUACUUCAUGGGCUCCAAACAAGGGGGAAUAAAUGAUGAAUAUUUAUUUCAGAACAGUUGCCCUUUGAAACAAAAUCCAUGAUUACCUCAGCUCAUAUUGUCUCAUUGGAAUAACAAUAUCUACAAAUCAGAUGCAGAAGAUAUGAUUGAAUGGCAGAUAAAUAAUACAUGUACAAUUAAUAAAUAAUGUAAUCCUUGAGAUACAUGUAUUAUUUUAAAUUAUAGGGCACACAGUGCGUAUUUAGGUAAUACUAUCAAUGUACUCUUUAUUGCAUAGUGAAAGAGGGAAUAAUGUAUGUGAAUAAAGACCGAAAUUGAGAACACAUAUUGUGCACGUUUUCUUUGUAUAAAAUGGAUUCAAAAGUAUAUAUUUGGAUUUCAGCAUAAAGCCAAUACUAAAACACCCUAAAUAACGUCAAAGUUGAUACAAUUUAGAACAUGGGUUCUGAAGUUGCAUAUGCAAUUUCUUCAAGCUUUAUUUCAGCAUUAUGUUAAUUUGGCUGGUCUACAAUCAGAGCCCAGUUUCAUUAAACUUUUUUAUCAACAACGAGUUACAAUAACUCUUAAAAGCUCCUGAAAUUGUGGCCUCUGAUUGGCCAAGAGCAAAUUUGUCCUAGAAAUUUCACAUUUGUUAUUGAUUUGAUAAAAGUUUUAUGAAACAAGUCUCUGUAAUUGACGGGUUCAAUACAUGUGUAAAUUUCCAAUAUGUAGCUUACAUUCAACAACACAUUUUUUAAUUGCCCCCCCCCCCCUUUACAAAAAGUAAUACAUAUAUGUAAAAUAUAAAAGGGCGUCUUUCUUAUCAAUGUACAUACCCUUUUUCUUAGAAGCCUUUUCUUUUUCUUAUAUACACAUCAAGGUUUUUGAGACGUCAUAUUGCAGUUAACAUUUAAUAUUUGCCUUCCGUGGAUGCUUUCUUUGUUUCUUAGUUGCAAAAAAAAAAUGAACAUCAGUUUAAAAAUGAAAAGAAAACAAAUAUAAAUUCAUAUUUUGCAAUCCAAAGAUCAGUAGCUUUCAAUAGAAUUUCAACAUUGAAUAAAAAGAGGAUAAAUGAACAUUAUUUCAAGACAGAAGUAGCAAGACUUCUUAUUCUUUACAAGAUGAAUGCAUCAUUCUAGUUACAUAAUUCAUUGCAAUACUAAACAAUGCCUAAUCCUGAAAUUGCCCCAAAAUAUCAAUUUAUCAAUCUCUCUUCUUUGUCUAAAAAAAAAAAUGUUCAUAAAAAUGUUUUUUAAUAGAAGCAUUAUUACUCUAUAAAUAACAUUGUUUUAAAAUAUCAAACAUGGUAACAUUACAAAACUAUAUCGCAUUCUAUAUCAAAAUAGACAUGUC